GCUAUGUCAGGAAAGUUCCGGGAGGGACUGGCUGGGGCCAUGAUCCCCGGGCUCUCCCGCAGGCGCCCGCGCGCAGCCCUUUGUAUGAGCAAUUGGUUCCUGGAAAAGAAGGAAGUGAAAAAAGGAAGCAGUGAAGUGGAAGACAAAGGACCUAGGAAAUAUGGAAGCCAAGACCCCAAGGCAGAAAGGAGGAUUUCCAAGAUGGCAAAAGGACUCCUAUGGAAGAUGGAAGUCUUUGUCCGUUUUCCAGAGUGUGUUUCCAAGCCCAUCAGUGAAACAUGAUCCUGCUGCUCUGUGUUGAAAUGCUUGAAGAACACCUACAUCUCUGCUGGCGCCUUCCAUCCUGCUGAAACCAUGGUCUUCUCUGCGGUGUUGACUGCGUCCCAUACUGGGGCAUCCAACACAACAUUCGUAGUUUAUGAAAACGCCAACAUGAAUAUUACGGUCCCUCCACCGUUCCAGCAUCCCGACAUUGGUCCGCUGCUUAGAUACAGUUCUGAAACCAUGGCUCCCACCGGGAUGAGUUCCUUGACACUGAAUAGUACAGCUGUGCCCCCAACACCAGCAGUUUUAAAGAGCCUAAACUUGCCUCUCCAGAUCAUGCUUUCUGCUAUAAUGAUAUUUAUUCUGUUUGUGUCUUUUCUUGGGAACUUGGUUGUCUGCCUCAUGGUUUACCAAAAAGCUGCCAUGCGCUCCGCCAUUAACAUCCUCCUGGCCAGCCUGGCUUUUGCAGACAUGUUGCUUGCAGUUCUGAACAUGCCCUUUGCCUUGGUCACCAUUCUUACCACCAGGUGGAUUUUUGGGAAAUUCUUCUGUAGGGUAUCUGCUAUGUUUUUCUGGUUGUUUGUGAUAGAGGGAGUAGCCAUCUUGCUCAUCAUUAGCAUCGAUAGGUUUCUUAUUAUAGUCCAGAGGCAGGAUAAGCUAAAUCCAUAUAGGGCUAAGGUUCUCAUUGCGGUUUCUUGGGCAACUUCUUUUUGUGUAGCUUUUCCUUUGGCAGUAGGAAACCCUGACCUGCAGAUACCUUCCCGAGCCCCCCAGUGUGUGUUUGGGUACACAACCAAUCCGGGUUACCAGGCUUAUGUGAUUUUGAUUUCUCUCAUUUCUUUCUUCCUACCCUUCCUGGUGAUACUGUAUUCGUUUAUGGGCAUACUCAAUACCCUUCGGCACAACGCCUUGAGGAUCCAUAGCUACCCUGAAGGAAUAUGCCUCAGCCAGGCCAGCAAACUGGGUCUCAUGAGUCUACAGAGACCCUUCCAGAUGAGCAUUGACAUGGGCUUUAAAACACGUGCCUUCACAACCAUUCUGAUUCUCUUUGCUGUCUUCAUUUGCUGCUGGGCCCCAUUCACCACUUACAGCCUUGUGGCAACAUUCAGCAAGCACUUUUACUAUCAACACAACUUUUUUGAGAUUAGCACCUGGCUACUCUGGCUCUGCUACCUCAAGUCUGCAUUGAACCCACUGAUUUACUACUGGAGGAUUAAGAAAUUCCAUGACGCCUGCCUGGACAUGAUGCCUAAGUCCGUCAAGUUUUUGCCGCGGCUCCCUGGCCACACAAGGCGACGGGUACGCCCCAGUGCUGUCUACGUGUGUGGGGAACAUCGGACUGUGGUGUGAAUACUGGAACUGCCUGACGUUUUGGGUGAUGGUUGUUCUUUAUCUGACUUUGAAUUUUUUUCUCGUGGCUUCUCCACUUAAACUAUAUUGUUUUGCAUAGGGUGUGUGUGUGUGUGUGUGUGUGUGUGCAGUGUAAAGAAAGAAUGGUGAUUAGUUGUAUAAGUCUGUUACCAAGGAUACACAAUAGGGAAGUGAUCACACGUGUUACCUCCAGGGUUCAAGAGAAAUCCUUGAUUUAGGGUGGGGAGAUGGUUUUCUGUUCCUUUGAUUGAUUUUGUUUUUCUAGUAGGAAUCAGGAUUGUGCUUUAUUGAGCCUGCAGUUACAGUGCAUUGUAGGUAUUCUGUGUGCUGCUAAGAUAUGCUUUGUCGAGUUUAUCAGUUAUUUUUUUCUGGAAGACACUGCUGCUUUUUGCCAUCACAUUGGAGCCAAAAACGACAUACAUCUCAGUAGAUAAAUAUUUAGUUUUAUUUAAAAAAAUAACCCAAGGGGGUUAGUGACAUUUUAAAGGUCAUGAAUAUUUACUUUGGUGCACUUUAAGAAACAAUGUACAAACUAAUUCAGUCAUGUUUUUCAGAAUUGUUUUUAUACAUGACAUGUUGUGCUUUAGGAAACAUUGCAUUAUUUCUAGGAAGAUAGUUUUUUAAAAAUGUUUUGUCUGUGUGUACAGUUUUAAAGGAGGGAACAUGACAAUGAAGAACUUUUUCUAAGCACAAUAGUGAUUCUUUAGAGCAGUAGGGCAGAGUUGAGAAGAUGGAGCACCCUUGCAAAUUUAAAUGGGAUGCAGUGAGGCUGUGGCUGGUGUGGGCUGUGGUGAUUCCUUUUACCCAAGGAUCCUCUGAGUCCAGUGGGGAGAAGGGGCACCAUUUACUAGACGUCUGCCAUGUGCCAGGCCCUGUGCAUCAUUUUAUCCUCACAGCACCCCGUGAGGGAAGUAUUAUUUCUUCCUUUUUGCAGAUGAAGAAGGCAAGUCUCAGAGAGACUAAAACCCUGCCCAAGGUUAGCGGUAGAGCUGGGAUCCAAAAAUCUGUCCAAGUCCUGAGACUGCAUUUCUACUGUACCACACGGACACCUCGUUCAAGUUCAGGUUUGGACGUUUCAUAGUCAAGAGGGAACUAUGUGUAUCCUUUCAUUUUCUUUUAGACUAAAACCUUCUUUUUAAAAAUAGCUUCAUUUUUUGUAUUGCCAAAAGAAAUGUGAAACCAUUACAGAAAGUCUGGAAAAUAGAAAAGAAAAAAUAAAAUCAUUUAUAACUACCUUUUUAGAGCGGAACUAAAGAUCUUAGAUAAGUAAGGGUAUAAGGAAAUAAGGCAAUUUUUUGGUUUUCAAAAAAACAAGUGACAAUUACUGAGCAGUUAAAUACAGCUGUAUAUAGGUCUUUGCCCUGUGGGUUUAGAUGUUUCCAGUUGUCCAGCUGUAUUUCUCAAUGUUCUGGGCAGAACAGCAUUGUUGCCCCAGUGCUUGCCCAGAGCGGAGCUGGCUACUGAAGAAUGUGAAUGUGCUCACAGGUGUGUCUCCUGUAAAGAGGUGAAGGUAAGCCCUGGUCUGAGCCUAGAGCAAGUUUUCAUUAAGGCAGGUCUGGGGUUUCAAAUUAUUUUUCUCUUGUUGAUGUUCUGCCUCUCCCCUACCCCAGGUGCAACCAGGGCCUUUGGUGCCCUUCUCUCUCUAAUCAUGGGAACACAUUAUAAAACAUCCCCCAGGGAUGGGGCUUCCGACUAUGGCCGUAAUUGCUGAAAGUGUAGCCUCUUGGCUACAUCGUGGGUUCUAUAAAUAGGCAAGUUAACCUUGAACACUUUUUGGAUUUAUAGCAUGUUUUCAGAAUUAUAGUGCUUUGUGACCAGUGGGGAAUGAGCCUCUUUUCUUCAGUUGUACAACCAGAGAGUUGGACUAGAUGAAUCUUCAAGGUCUCGUCCAACUCUAAUGUGAGAGUAGAGAUUUUUAAAGAGCCCAGCUGUUGUCAACUUCACUCUUUGGUCUCCAGUAUUAUUUUUUUACAUUUUACUUCAUUAGAUGUUUCUUAAAAUUGAAUAUCUGAAGAGCAUAUGGUACCAUAUCAGGAGUCAGGACUUUGGAAGGUGGGUGUCAUCAUGAAAGACCUGGGAAACCCUGCUCUUGAGGCAGUUGUCAUGGUAUUGGAACUCAUUUUCCAGUUAACCUCUCUUUUGGGAUUCAAGCAUGUUAUUCAACAUGUUAUUUUGAGAUCAUCUUCUGAUGAUACUCGCCUACCUCUUCGGUUUCUAAUUUAUAUUAAUCACAGGUAAAAUUGCUUUUAUCCAUAGGGAUCUUAUAGAACAUAAACACUGUAGUAGAUAUUAGUAGCACAUUGAAGUGUAUCAUGCUUUCCACUUUCAAUAUAAACUAGAUUUCAGGCAGAUAUUAGUAAGUAUAUUUGAAAUUAGACUUUCUCUGAGGAAAGUCAGCAUGAUCUGUAUUCAUCUUACAUAUCGGCAGUAGGUCUUGAGACUCCUUUUGUGGUUGGAGUUGAAACUGAGCUUUUGUUUUCUUUGUCCUAUUUUUAUGAGCAAUCCUUAGGUACUUUAGUGCUGCCUGGUAGGCAAGUGCAUCGUUUGGUGAGAGCUCUGGGGUGCCUGCUAAGAGGCUCAGUGUUUGUGAAAGACAACCGUGAGGGGCCUUUGUGAGAAUUCAGCAACCACACUGAAUAGCAGUUCUCUUUACACUGGAUCGUCUUGAUCAGAUGACAGUUUACAAACCAUUUUGAACGUUUUUAUUAUGUAUACAUUUUGAAAGCUUUAAAAAAAAAGUACUGUGGUGUACCUUUGAAAAAUUUAGGUGCAGUAUCAUAUGUUGCCUAUUCUUCUAUAUUUGUUUGAGGGAAAAAAAAAUACCACUACUAGUUAUCACCACUUGCUGACAAAAUCAGAAAUGUUUUUGGUUUUGUUUUUCCUUCUGGCGAAUAAGUAAGAAGCAGGAAAGAGAUAAUGAAAUAUUUGUGGUCAAAGAAAGAGUCAAAAGAAAUCCCCAGUAGUCUGCAAGAGUGAUAUUCAGACUUUCAUAUGAAUUUGUGUCUAAGUAUUCCCAGGGGACUUGUUAACAGUACAGAUCCCCAGGGCCCCCAGAGGGUCUGAGAUUGGGCCCACAAAUGCACACUUUUAUUUUGUUGAGUAUUUGGCCUGAUGCUGAUUCAAGUGGUCUCUGGGGCAUACUUCAAAGAAACACUCCUGUGGAAAAUAUAUCCACUUAAAUAUUGUCUGUUUUAUCCAAAAAAUGUUUGUUUUGUGUUGGAAGCCAUUAUCUCCUAGUGCAUGGAUAAUCCGCAUUGAGAGGAAAAUCUGUGUAUCAUUGUGCCUAAUUUGCUGCCACUCGUGUUAGUGCUGGAUCACGCCAGUGUCAGCUUUACCGUCUUUCAACUGGCAAAAUUCUGAUAAACGAUGUAGUUUCACAGAAGAGCAAAAAAGGUGACUUAAUAUUUGAAAGUCAUGAUUUUCAGGAGUCUGAUUCCUCUAAUAUUUUCUUUUCUCAUAGAGAGGUGUCUUUAUUGUAUGUAUCCUCCUAAAGCGUAUGAGGGGAAUGCAAAGAUUCAUCCAAUUCCUAUUGCUGUGCUUAUGCCAGCUGUGUUCAGUGGAAGCAUGAAGAAAAUAAAAUAACCAUUUUAAUCUAUGUAUUUCAGUUGCUGACAAGGAUAUUUAACUUAAUCUUGAUCUUUGCUUUUGUUUACAUGACAAUAUUUAUGUAUAUAUCACAGGAAAAAUGUUCACUUGCUUGACAUUUUAUUCUUCCAUGAUUUUUAGUUUAUGUUUAAAGGACUGUUUAAUUCAAAUUUAUUUUCACGACCAUAGUCUUCAUUGAAAACUCGAUUUUUAUAAUAAUAAAUGAAAACGUCAAAGCACAUGUUUGUUAUUACAAGUAAAUGGUAAUACAGUUCUUAGAUAUAUAUUGGUACUAGUCCUUUGUAAUUAAAAUUAAUUUAUUUUACAAUAGUACCUAACCUAUAUGAAAAAACCACUUUGAAUUUUGGGUUGCAAUAUUCAAAAUCAAAAUGUAUGAUUAUUUGUGCAUAUUCUUAUUACAACCAGGAAAAGAGCUCCCAAUAAGAAAAUGAAUAAAUGUUUAACAUUUCUAAAAGUGAAGUUUUUUUAAAAGGACUACUUCAUUUAUCUUAGAAAAAAAAUUGUCAUGAAUAAUACUUUCUGUUAAAUUAAAAUCUGAGUUUAGUUUCAAA